UGUGUUCCUCCUACUAGUCACCAGCACGCUGUACAACCAAGGGCACGUAAAUAUAACUACUGGUUGUCACCUGGUCCUGGAGAAACGUCUCAUUUCACUGUGCGCUGCAACAGCUAUAUAUGGUUGUAAUGAUAAUAAAAGCCUCUUGAUUUGACUUGACUUGAUCUUCAAGGACGAUGUCGAGCUUAGCUGCUGCAAGUGUGGAGCCCACAGCUGCCGAGGAGAAGAAGCCACUGAAGCCGUGCUGUGCGUGUCCUGAAACUAAAAAAGCACGGGAUGCCUGUAUAAUCGAGAAGGGUGAAGAAAGCUGCACAGGUCUUAUUGAGGCUCACAAGGAAUGCAUGAGGGCACUUGGUUUCAAGAUAUAAUCACUGGAUUGUGAGGAUGGCCUGUGGACUGUGGUGGCGUGUGUGGACUACUAUUUAUACUGAUGUUUGGGAAGAGUUUUUUUUAGUUGUUCCUCUGAAUGUGAUGUGGUAUUAACUUUCGGUGAAUGUUGAAAAAUUUAUUUUGAAUAAACAUCCUAUGCAAUCAUA